AUGUCCACUCAUACCGCGACCAGCACCACCACCUUGACCAGCACCAGUACUGUGUCUAGCACCAGCACCAUUACCUUGACCAGCACCACUACCUUGACCGCGACCAGCACGUUGACCAGCACUAGUACUGUGUCUACUGGCACCACUACGCUGGCCACCGUCAUCAUGACCAGCACCAUGACCAGCACCUCCACCUUGACCACUGCUACUAUGACCAGCACCACUACCCUGACGAGCUUAACUGCAACCAGCACCACUACCCUGACCACUGCCACCAUGACUAGCACCACUACUCUGACAAGCCCCACUGCAACCAGCACCACUGCAACGCCGACGCCAGCGCCGACGCCAGCACCAACGCCAGCCGCCGACGCCAGCACCGGCCCCAGCCCCCACAGUCUCCAGCACCAGCACCAUGUCCACUCAUACCGCGACCAGCACCACCACCUUGACCAGCACCAGUACUGUGUCUAG